AUGACGACCGGAGACGUCGAGAGAAUGGAGGGAGGAAAGGAUGGAGCGGUUUCCAAAAUAGAUGCUUCACCAUCAGCACCGAAAUUACCACCAACCCCAGGUUUUAUCCACACAAAACCACGCAAAACCACCGAGGAGGAGGUGGAGGCCGCUCGACAGCGUUUCCUGGCGCGCAAAGCAGCAGGUCUCACUCGACCCACUGUCGUGGUCUCCGAUGAUGAGGCCUAG